UAAGGUUUUGCCUGUGAAAUCCUAAUAAUCCAUCCUCCUCUUCUUCUUCCUCUUCUUUCAGAAAAUAUAAUUCUUUUACUUUGUUAGAAUUUCGUCACUAAGAUUUUGUAGAAGAAAAUCAAUUUUCCUUUUCAUGGAUCCUAAAUAUACCGGAGAAACCUUCAAGCAUCUGGAGAAAGAAACUGAAAUACUCUCUAAUGCCCAUAAAGCAAUGUCGGAUGAAUUGCACAGACUUCAGGUUGAGGAAGAAAUGCUGAUGCGCAAGUUCCAUGAACUUAUGUCUGCUCAUGGUCUAACUAAAAAGAAAGGCAUCAAUGAUAAUGCUGAGGAAAGGCAGAAUGACCAGGAAGGAGCACUGGUCGAGAUGACUAAUGGUGCUGAUGAAAGGCAGAAUGACCUGGAAGGAGCUGUCAUUGACAUGACGAAAGGUGAUCGCUAAUGUAUAAGUGAGAUAGAUAUCGAUUCCUAAGCUAUCUGUACAGAAAUCCAUUGUUAGCCUUUUACACUUGCAGUAUGCCAUUUUUGGUCUCACAUUGCUGAUGCUUUUAGAUUGCUUCUCACAUUGAUCUCUCAGCUCCAUAGAAAGCAAUAUCUGAUAUAUGUUUCUUGAUA